AUGAAUAAAAUAUUUAACAGAGGUAUUUUUCUUUUUCCACAAUUAUUUAGAAGCUUUAAGAAAAAUACAAUGGAUGUGGAUGAAGAUUUUCGCAACUCUAAGCGUAAACUAGCAAGUUAUGUUCAUGGAUCAAAAGGUGAAGAAUGGGAAAAAGCGUUUUCGAAAUACCUGGCUGAGAUAAAAUAUCCACCCGUUAAAGAUUUUCAAAAGGGUCUUGAAUGGUUUAAUGUCUCUAAGCCCAUCUCUUUCAAGGAGGAUUUAAAGGGUAAAUUAGUUUUAAUGGAUUUCUUCACUUAUUGCUGCAUCAACUGUAUGCACAUAUUACCUGAUUUGAAGGAGAUAGAGGAAGAAUUUACUGUAGAGGAUGGAUUAGUUGUCAUUGGCGUGCACAGUGCCAAGUUUCAAAACGAAAAAAUCUCCUCUAACAUCUUGGCGGCCGUACAACGCUAUAACAUAAAACACCCUGUUGUCAACGACGUUGAGAUGGACAUGUGGCGCGACUGCGGAGUAUAUUGCUGGCCAUCUUUGAUGCUGAUUGGUCCACAUGCUAACCCAAUCGUACUACUCACAGGGGAAGGGCACAAGGAAGAGUUGAAAUUAUACAUCAGAAACGCCUUGAAAUACUACAAGGCUCAAGGAGCCAUCUCCGAUCACAAGAUAUCCAUGAAAUCUGUAUACCACUUUUUACCAGAAGAGAAGGGGCCUUUAUUGUUUCCUGGAAAAAUCACCAAUUACCUUAGGAAGGAUGGAGAAGAAAUUUUUGCUGUGUCCGAUAGUGGUAACAACAGAGUUUUGAUCUUCAACAAAGAUGGGAAGAUCCUGAAGCAGAUUGGAUCAUCCAAAAUGGGACUUAAAGACGGUUGUAUAGAAGAAGCGCAAUUUAACAGUCCCCAAGGUCUUGUAUUUUACGAUGAGAACAAAAUCUACGUCGCCGAUACAGAAAAUCAUGCCAUCAGGCUGGUGGAUUUAUCCAAGAAUACUGUGGAGACAGUUGCAGGAACUGGCAUCCAAAAUCACCAUGACUACAGUGGAGGAUCUCCUGCAAAAGAACAAUUGCUAUCGUCGCCAUGGGACUUGUCCUUGUUUAAAACAAAGGAAGGUUGUGAAGUUCUGUUGAUCGCGAUGGCUGGAACACAUCAACUAUGGGGUCUGUUUUUCCAGACAACUUAUUGGUGGAGAAACAAAUCUGCUGUGGCUGGUACUUGUCUUGCUAUUGCAGGUUCAGGUCGUGAGGAAAAUAGGAACAAUGUAUAUCCUCAUACAGCAGGCUUUGCUCAACCAUCUGGACUUGCACUAUGCAAGAAAACUGAUGAAUUAUACAUCGCAGAUAGCGAAAGCUCAAGUAUUCGAAGAGUGUCGCUUAGAGACGGAAAGGUUUCUGCUGUGGUUGGUGGAAAAGAGGACCCUAAGAAUCUAUUUGGCUUUGGUGAUGUGGACGGUAAGCUGUACAGCGCCAAGCUGCAACAUGCACUAGGAGUUUCAAUGUCUACAGACGAUUCUCAUCUAUUUGUGGCAGAUACUUACAACCACAAGGUCAAAAUAGUGGAUAUCUCCAAUAACACAGUUUCCACUUUAACUCCGCCAAAACUCGAGGAAGAAGGCGCACUUACAGCCUUCAGGGAACCAGGAGGAUUAUGUAUGAGUCUAACAGAGUCCAAACUGUACAUUGCUGACACAAAUAAUCAUUGUAUAAAAGUAGCCGAACUAGAUUCCAGUUAUAAAAUAACCAAACUGAGUAACCUGAAAUUGACUGCUUCUGAAUAUGUGAAGAUGUCUUUUAAAUUUGAUGGUGACAUGGUAAAAAGUACUCCUGUUUCAUUGCUUAAAGAUGGGGGGAAAAUAUCAGUAGUUGUCUUGAUAAAAUUAUUGGAUGGCCUUAAGUUAACUGAAAACCAGAAACAGAACUGGGUGGUUGAGUUACCCAAUGCUGCAUACUCUUGCGUUCCGAAAACUGGUGAUAAUUUGAAGCAAUUGGAAUUUUUUGUAAAUAUACCCCCAAACCCUGACUUUGGUAGGGAUUGUAUAACUGUAGUUUUCAAUCUUAUGACAUGUACAGAUACGGCUUGUGUACCCAAACAGUUUGCUCUUGAAAUUCCAUUGGUUGAGGUUACUAAUGACAAAAAAGAUGAGAAUAAGUUGGUGACGGUCAAUGUGAAGCUUGAAUCCAUAGAAAUUAUUUAAUUUUUGGAUUUAUAUUAUGUUAAGAGUAUCAGGUCUUUGUUCAUUAACUUUUUUGCAUAUGUUUCACUUUCUAGUUUGAAAUAUUGCAUUUAAUUCAUUACUGAAAUUGAGUUCUCUGCAUUCAUGAUGAUCUACUAUUAACCAUGCCCUAAAAAUAUUAAUCGAUCAAGGUGCGGAAAGGUUCCUCUGAGACAAAAAAAACUAUUGAAGUAUUGAAUAGAGAUCGAUAAUCAUUACUUUUAAUGUGUAUUGAGUUGGCCCAGCACUUUUCGAUUUUGAAAAAAAAAUUGUGCUGCUUUUUAUCAUUGAAAUUUUUCUUCUAGUUCAUUCCGAAAUUUUCGAAAACUGCUGGCUGGCCCAUUUUAUACAAAUUGUGAAAUAUGCCUCGAGAACCAUAUGGAAUAAAGGAAAUAUUUAAAUGGAACGCAGCAGCACAAUUCAGCACAAAAAAAAUUUGAAAAUCUUAUUCUAAACUAACAUUCCGCACCUUUAGUUUUACCAUUAGGUUUUGGGUAAAGUAUUUAUUACACUUAUAUAAUGUUGCUUGAAAUCAAGAAGUAAAAUUUAGGUAAAUUUGGGCAAUUUUAAAUUUUUAUAUCCUUUCUUCAUUAGAAAGGUACAAUCAAUUCCUGACGGUCAAUAAUAUAAAAACAUUAUCAACUAUUUAUAUUUUGACAUAUUUUGCAGUAUUUGGAUUGAUUGCCCAAGAAAUGGUUUUCACUGAAAUUGCCGAUUUGAUUAGAAGAGAUAGCAAGUUAGACAUUCAUAAUGAAAUCUCAAUAAAUCGAAGGAUUGUUUGGAAUUGAAAUUAUGAAAAUGCUCGGAUUGUGAAAUUUAUAUUUAUAGUUUGUUAAAUCCAAUAAUUUUUACAGUUAUUUAAUUUUAUUAAGUAUUCUUGAUUUUUAUUGUUUUAUCCUUAUGUAUUGAUGAUUAUUCGCUAGUCGCACUAUUGAAAUCUUAUUUAUAUUUAUAAAAAACAUAUUUUUAUACCAAAAAAAGUGUGAAAAUUAAUAUCUAUAUAUUUUACUCUUUCUUCAUAUAAGUAAUAUUUUUCUAUACAAAAUAUUAUAUAUAAAUAUAUAAAAUAUU